AUGGAGGAGUUCAACGUGCAGAGUGGGGCGGGCAAUGCUGGCAGCGAGGCUUACAGUGGCGGCGCGGCGGCGCUCAGCUCGGGCUCCGCUUCCUCGGGGGCGCAGUCCCCGGGCAGCCCGCCGCACGCGCAUCUCGCGCACCACGCCGCGCGCCUGCGCACCAAGGAGGAGGACCUCUCGGCGCACGGCCGCGCCAGCGCUGACGGUGGCGGGUCCUCGGAGUCGGAGGGCGAGUGCGGCGGCGCGGGCGCGGCGCGGGCGCGCGCGCAGUACGUCAGCGCCAACUGCGUCGUGUUCACGCACUACUCGGGCGACGUGGCCGCCGUCGUGGACGAGCACUUCGCGCGCGCCCUCUCGCUGGACAAACCCAAAGAGAGCGUGCCGAUGGUGUCGCGCAACCUGCCGGCCUCGUUCUUCAACGCGGCGGCGGCGGCGGGCGUGGCGGGCGUGCCGGCCGGCGGCGCCUGCGCAGGCGUCGACAUCUACGACUACGACCCCUGGCACCAGCACUACACGGGGUACGGGCACGCGGCGCACCGGCACGCGGCGGAGUACCACGCGGCCGCGGCGCACCACAACAUGGCGGCGGCAGCCGGCUACGGCGGCCUGCUGCUGGGCCGCGGCGGCCUGCACCCGCAGUACAAGCCGGUGGACUGGCCCUCCGCCGCGCAGCACCACGCCUCGCACCACCUCGACCCCGCCGCCUGCUCGCCCUACUCCUACCCCGCCGUGCCCGUGUGUAACCGUGGGUCGGCCGGUGCACCCACGGAGCGCGAGUGGGAGACGACUGGCACUGAGCUUCGGAGCGAGAUAGUUCGCAAGAAAAAGUUCGCGUGA